AUGACCUCCAGAGAGUACACAGGGCACUGGAAAUUGAAUAUAAAUAUUCCCUGCACUCCUGCAACCACACCAGUCUUGGUGAAGUGGCUGGUAGAAUGGAGCUCAGAUCCAAUCACCAUAUUACGUUCCUCUGGAUACCAUAUUGAGCAGGAAAGGUAAUAUGACUUCCUGAAAAUGAAUCAUGAGGUACCAGGAUAUUUGUCCCUCCGGAUUAUCCUUGAGAUGGAUGACUAGCGUCAUUACACAUGUGAAGUCUCCUGGCGAACUCCUGGUAGAAAUCAAUUGAUGAGGGAUAAGAUCUUUGAGCUCUGAAUCCAGAAAUUCUCCAAGCCCACAAUGUCGACUUGUAGCAGCUUCAUGGUUUUGAAAAGGUUGAGAAUUAGUCUUCAAUUAUGUUUGAGUAAUUAUAAUAACGAGGAAGAGCCUGUCAAAGUAGAAACUUUGAGUACCCUGAUUUUCAAACCUCUUCAAGUCGCAGUGGUUGCUGAUAAAUACUCCUAUUUCUGUACUGCCAAUGGCUGGGUUGACUCUGAACAGUGCAAUGGCCUUGUGGAGUUUGUAUUCAAACUCACCUCAAUGAGUCAAUCGCAUGUCUAUGAACUGGCCAGGAUGCAUACCAGAGAAGCCAAAUACUCUGGAGAAAUUUUAAGGGUUGCCAUCUUCAAAAGUGGUUACUCCAGAGAAGAUCCAAACACUGGGGCAGUCAGCAAGGACUACUCUAAUGAGCCCUGUCUGGGCCAAGUGUACUAUAUCAUAACCCAGAUCAACAGUGACUAUGUCUGUCUGCUAUACACACUACCUCCAGAUUAAGAAUUUAUGGCCAACAGAGAAUGCCCCACUAGUUCAGAGUCUGCUAAUGAUUGUGUAUUAAACUCUUGCAUUCUGUAUGACUCCGUUUUCUGCUACACCUCUUUGUGGCUAGCUUAA